UGAAAACCAGUCAUCAAGCUGAGCUCAGAGCGCAAAAGGGAAGAUUAAAAUCUCACCUAACGAUUUCAUAUCAAGUAAGUGCUCUUUGUUCUUGAAUAUGCAACACGGUAUACAGUGUGUAAUUAUAGAAUCUCAUCUAAUUGAAAACCCAGAAAAAAAUUGAUUGAUUAGUUUCACCAAAUUUCCUCAUGUAUCGUCGCCUCACCAUUUUUACUCAUCACAUUCUCACAAAUUCCAAUACUAUUUCUAUUGUCUGUCACCAACCAAACGCACUAAACCCUAGGCCAAAUGGUUUCUCAUUUUUUCGCCUUCUUUCAUUUUCUCCUGUGCAACGGCGUACAUCGGAUCCCGAUGACCCUUUAAACCUGAUGAAAGAAGACGGCGUCUCAGUUUGUUCGCAGAUGUGGAUUGAGAAUUUCCGGGAACCUGAUAGGAUAGUUACCAAUUUAACCUCCUAUCUCCGUAGAUUCGAGUUGUGGGUAUUAGCUUAUCAAAAAGUAUGUGCUGAUGAGAUGGGGGCGUAUAUGCCUCGUAGUGCUGUACAGAAAUCAGCAUUAGAGGAUUUGUUGGGGUUGAGGAAUGCUGUUCUUGAUAAUAGGUUUAAAUGGGGUGCUAGGUUACAGUUUUUCAUUAAAUCGCCUAAAGAUAAGACUGAAUAUGAAUCUUUAUCCAAGAGGAAGAUUAAGGCAAUAUUGACGACAACACAACCCGCCCCAUUUCAAGAUAAGAUAGUUCAGGAGGUCUUGCUUAUGAUUUUAGAGCCGAUAUAUGAGGCUAGAUUUUCACAAAAGUCAUUUGCUUUUAGGCCUGGGAGAAAUGCGCACACAGUGUUGAGAGUGAUUAGGAGGAAUUUUGCAGGGUAUUUGUGGUAUAUUAAAGGAGAUUUGAGUACGGUUUUGGAUGGAAUGAAGGUGGGAUUGGUGAUAAGUGCUUUAAUGAGGGAUGUGAGAGAUAAGAAGGUGAUUGAUUUGGUGAAAUUGGCUUUGGUUACACCAGUUAUCACGAGCCAGGUUGAUGAGGGAGAGAAGAAGAAAAAGAAGAAGAGAAAGAAUCAGAAGAAGAAAGUGUUGGCAGAGGAUGAGCCAAAGCCAGACCCUUAUUGGUUAGAGGCCUUUUUUGGGUUUGCUCCUGAAGAGGCAGAGAAGCUUCCUUCAUGGGGGCACUGUGGAAUUCUUAGCCCCCUUUUGGCUAAUAUAUGUCUUGAUGAAUUGGACCGUUGGAUGGAGGGAAAGAUUAAGGAGUUUUAUCGACCUUCGAAGACUGAUGUGAUAUGGAAUACCCCGGAAGGGGAAGCUGAACAGGGAAACACAUCUUGGCCAGAGUUUGUGCCAACUAGUGGGCCAGAUAAGACCAGGAAGAUGGAUUAUGUACGAUAUGGAGGUCAUAUUUUGAUUGGUGUCCGUGGGCCAAGGGCCGAUGCAGCAACAUUGAGAAAGCAGUUAAUUGAGUUUGUUGAUCAGAGAUACAUGCUCAAGCUUGACAAUGAAAGCCUCCCUAUUGAGCACAUAACAAAGGGUAUAAUGUUUCUUGACCAUGUGCUGUGUCGGAGAGUUGUUUAUCCUACCCUUCGCUACACAGCAACUGGAGGGAGGAUUAUUAGCGAGAAAGGUGUGGGCACUCUUUUGUCUGUCACUGCUAGUUUGAAACAGUGCAUCAAACAAUUUAGGAAGUUAAACUUUCUUAAGGGUGAUCGGGAUCCAGAUCCACAGCCAUGUUUCAGAAUGUUUCAUGCCACUCAAGCUCACACAAAUGCACAAAUGAACAAAUUCUUGGCAACGAUGGCUGAAUGGUAUAGAUAUGCAGACAAUCGGAAGAAAAUUGUGAGUUUUUGUUCCUACAUCAUAAGGGGUUCACUUGCAAAGCUUUAUGCCGCAAAAUACAAGCUGCGUUCACGGGCAAAGGUUUAUACAAUUGGUUCUCGGAAUCUGAGUCGUCCUCUGAAAGAGAAGAAAGGACAGUCACCUGAUUAUCAGAAUUUGCUGAGAAUGGGUCUUGUCGAAUCAAUUGAUGGACUUUUGUAUACUAGAAUGUCCCUUGUACCUGAGGCCGACUAUUCACCCUUCCCAAGCAACUGGAGACCUGGCCAUGAGAAAGCAUUGCUUGAGUAUACAAAGCUUGAUGAUCCAAAAACUGUGGAAGAGCAACGAAGUUGCAUUAGAGAACAAGGUCUUGUUUCGCCCCAGGAUUACAUUUCAAUGCUUGUUUGGAACUACAAAAGAAAUGCUAUUGCGAUGGAUCAGCUUUCCCUGGUAAAGAGUAGUAUCAGCAAUGUGGACAAAGAUCAGAAAUUGUUAUUGGCCUUGAAUCAUGACAGCUCUGAUAACAAGACAAAAGAAGUGGAAGAAAGUGAAGGACUUCAUGCUGCUGGAAUGUAAGAUUACUGCUUUUAACUCUGCUUGAAGAGUGAAAUUUUGCUGGUCUUGGGAUUGUAUUGGUUAGGGGAAGCAACGGUGAAUCAAAUGUAUUCUUUACAAAAUUAAUGAAACACUUACUACCUUAGAGGAAGUUUUCUAAUCGAAAAGAAGAGAAGGUUAAAAGGAGCCACAGAAUCUGUUUGUAUAAUAUUUGUAAAAAGAGUAUAUAUUCCUCACGUUUAAAAAGAUUCAAUUGAAAUGCUGCAGUUCCCAGUUAUUUAACUCAUAUUUCACAAGAAAAGUUUUGGGGGAUGAAUAGUUUCAACCUGCAAUUUUGUGAACUUCUUUCGUCCUUUUGAUACAAAGCCUUGCUAAGCUUUUUGGGAUGGUGAGAUGAAAAUUAUUAGGCUCCCGCCCAUUUAGAUUGUAUAUUCAGAUUAGUGAAUCUGAACCGAUACAUUUUUGGGGAAGUUCGACUCUGCUCAAUUUUUACCAGCGUGAAAAUACAAAGUCUGCGGAAUUAAAGAGUUGUUGAUGCCUAAUAUAAUUGAAAACAUGUUUGUCUUUAAACUUCA